AUGAAGUCCUCCGAUAUUGAUCAGGAUUUAUUUACAGACAGUUACUGCAAGGUGUGCAGUGCUCAGCUGAUAUCCGAAUCACAGCGUGUGGCCCAUUAUGAGAGUCGGAAACAUGCCAGCAAAGUUCGACUGUAUUACAUGCUUCAUCCCCGGGAUGGUGGGUGUCCGGCCAAGAGGCUCCGCUCGGAAAAUGGCAGCGACGCUGACAUGGUGGAUAAGAACAAAUGCUGCACGCUCUGUAACAUGUCUUUUACCUCAGCAGUAGUGGCUGACUCACAUUAUCAAGGCAAAAUCCAUGCCAAAAGGUUAAAACUGUUGCUAGGAGAGAAAACCCCAUUAAAGACCACAGCAACACCCCUGAGCCCACUGAAACCCCCAAGGGUGGACACUGCGCCUGUGGUUGCAUCUCCCUAUCAAAGAAGAGAUUCUGACAGAUACUGUGGACUCUGUGCAGCCUGGUUUAAUAACCCUCUGAUGGCCCAGCAACACUAUGAUGGCAAGAAACACAAAAAGAAUGCAGCAAGAGUCGCUUUAUUAGAACAACUUGGGACAACCCUGGAUAUGGGUGAGCUAAGAGGUCUGAGGCGCAAUUACAGAUGUACCAUCUGCAGUGUCUCCUUAAACUCAAUAGAACAAUAUCACGCUCAUCUGAAAGGAUCUAAACACCAGACCAAGUAG